ACACGGACACACACGCGACAGUCUGAAGCUUUAUAAACAGCAGCCUCUCCUGCUGCUGAGUCGCUUCACACAACUUGUUGCCCACGCUUCAGCCUCUCUCCUUUACUCCAGUGACACCAAUGACAGAGAAGCAGCUGCAAACCUCUCAUUCUCAUUAAAACUACAGGGAUGCGAUAAUAACACUGAUAAUAAUAAAAAUGACAGCAGUGUGUGUUUGGCUCUCCGUGGUCCUCUGGGCAGCAGCGGGACAGAGAACUAACGACUCUUCAGUUUCGGGAGAGGAGAUACUUUCUUUCGCGGAGCGUUUCAUGAAUGUUUCGGGACAGAGAGGGAACGCGAGUUCCGGAUUGUUUCUCCUGGACUUUGAUGAGGGUCUGCUGGAGGGCUGGCGCUCUCUGGCCAGCAGCGGCGGGGAGUCUCAGGACGGUGGCAUCAAGGCGCUGCUAGUGGCAGCCUAUUCCCUCAUAAUCGUGAUCUCCCUGUUCGGGAACACCCUGGUGUGUCACGUGGUGGUCAAAAACAAGCGAACCUUGUCCGCCACCAGUUUAUUUAUCCUAAACCUGGCGGUGGCUGAUAUUUUCAUCACAGUCCUCAACACACCCUUUACUCUGGUCCGUUUUGUGAACAGCACCUGGGUGUUUGGAAGAACUAUGUGCCACAUCAGUCGCUUUGUACAGUACUGCUCGCUGCACGUCUCCACCCUCACACUCACCGCCAUCGCACUGGACCGACGACAGGUGAUUUUGCAUCCUUUGAGGCCUCGCAUGUCUCCCGCACAAGGUGGUGUUUGGGUCGCCGUUAUCUGGAUAAUGGCCAGCUGCUUCUCCCUCCCACAUGCAAUCUACCAAAAACUCCUGACCUUUACAUACAGUAAGGAGAAAGAGCGAAGCCUGUGUGUCCCAGACUUCCCAGAGCCGUCAGAUGUCUAUUGGCAGUACAUUGACCUGUUGACCUUCAUAUUGCUUUACUUGCUGCCCCUCCUCAUCAUCACUGCCUCCUACACCAUAGUGGCCCGUCGACUGUGGCGCCACAAUGCCAUCGGUGACACCACAACAGCUCAGCAUGCCACGCAGAGAAGGAAGCGCCGGAGAACACUGGCGAUGUUGCUUCUGGUGGUCGGAGUGUUUGCCGUUUGCUGGUUUCCCCUCAACUGCUACGUGGUGCUGCUGUCUAGCCAGGCCAUCCAUUCUUCUAAUGCCCUUUACUUCUGCUUUCACUGGCUAGCUAUGAGCUCCACCUGCUACAACCCUUUCAUCUACUGCUGUCUGAACCCCACUUUCCGCCAGGAGCUCCAGCUCCUCGUUGACAGGUGCAGGAAGAGACGACGGGCAGUGGUCGGGUUGGACCCGGAGCUUCGCCCUGCAGUACCUCACGCUCCCUGUCACAGAACUGCCUGGCCCGACAACCAGGACUCCUCGAGGCCAAGGAACGUUUGGUCACACCCGGGCCAAGCUUCCUCACAGCAGAGUCACCCUUCUUCAAGUCAGUCCCACAACCUGAAAGAUGCACAUGUGCUUUUCACUGCCCGGCAGGCGCUCACAGGGAGGACUGACAUCCUCUCAGUGGAGCCCAUUGUGGCUGUGAGCUGACUGGAGACAAUCUUGGACUGAACGGAGUUGUUUAAAUCUCUUUUAGGCCAUCAUCAUGCUCCAAAGAGGGCAGAACAUCUGGUAAUCUCAGAUCUGUAUGCCUGGGCCAGUAAUUUCAAAAGCAGCAGGGUGUGAAGAGAAGGCUUUUGUGGUGACUGUGAAUUGCUGAAAGAUGUGACUCUUUUUCUCCCCUGAAGCUUAUAAAGCAACCGCUCCACAUUCACACGCGCUUUUACUUUUUUCACGCCAGUUUUUUUUAUUUCCCUUCGUGAUGCACUGUUUGUUAAAAACAAUGUCCCCGAGCCUUGACAAAUGGAUAAAACAUUCAUCACAUUACCGGUACUUAAACAUCUCUUUAUAUUAUAUUGUGAUGGAAAAAAAACCAAGAAAACCUUCACUGACUGGCUGGCAGGGGAGCAAUGAAGUUGAGUCUCUGUGAAAAAAAAAAUGUAAUGCUCAAGUUUAACAGGAUUGGUUGCUGUAAGAUAUGCCUUAACAACCUUGGUUUACCAUUCAGGACACAAAGACGGAUUCUGUGUGGGAAACUGAACCCACCUUAGCAUGAAAAUAUCGUCACAUUUAUCCGCAGACCGCCUGAAACCCAUCCUGCUGCAGAAUUUUUCCUUGGUUUUCCUUUGAUUUGCUGUCAUCUAGCCAGAGGGUUUAUAGACUAUUUUUUCCCCUCUGUGCAUAAACAAUUUUAUCUUUCUUCCACCAGAAAUGUAAUUAAUCCAUAGGUGAUUUUGGGUUGUGAGAGGUGAAAACACAUUAAAAACAAACUAUCAAAGAUCUAAACUAUGCUGUGACAUGAUGAAAAAUUGAUGUCAUGUUUGUCUUAUGCACACACAGGUCAAAACAGGAAGUUAUUAUGCAUAACUUUUUGAUUGAUUUCUUGUAUUUUCAACGAGAAGAGUUCUCAUCCCAUAUUUUUUUUCAUAUUCACUGCACAAUCUGGCAUGCUCCAGUAGACACCACACAGUGUGAGGCCGAUGAUGACCAUGAUUAAAUCCAUCUCAUGCAGCAGGAGGUGUAUUCAGUUUAGGUGGGGGGUCGGGGUGGGGUUGGGACAAAUAAUGAAGAAAUUAGCAGCGGCGCGGCGACCAGAGACCAUCGGUGAAUUGAAGCGGGGUGGGAAACAACUGCAACGGUUAAUGCUGACAAAGCUUGGUGGGACUGAAGGAUGCCGCAGACUGAUGAGAAGGGAUAUAUGCACGUGAGGGUUAUCUGUGCAACCAGAGCCUGGGAUGUCCACUAGACACCAACUGUCUAUUUGGACAGAAAGCGGGGCGGGGCAGGUGAACUCAAAUGUGGACAUUGUGGCACCACUUUUUGUUGUAAUUUUUCAUGCUUUUAGCAUAAAAAAUGUUGUGCAAUAGGGUGACAGUUGUGAACAGCACAAGCAAAACACUUUGCAGAAUUUUGUUAAUCCUUCUUAGGGUUUAUCUGUGUUUUCUUACAUGUGUGUGUCCUUCUCUGUCUGUCUUUGCUCCUCUUUCUCUUGGUUUAUUUAUUUCUCGUCUUUUUGUUAAUGUUUCACGUUGCUUUUACUUUGUCUUUUUCUCACCUUUGCUGUUCCUCGGUUUCAAUACCUCAUAUAUAAGCGUUUCAAUCAGGGUGAGGUCUGGAACACAAACAAAUCAUUUGUGUGUACAAAACACUCUUCUGGAACAAAUGGUAACAAUGUUCAUUUAUAUGUUAUAAAAAAAUAUAUCAUCAAGUUAGCUUUACUUUGUGCAUGGUUUAUCUCAGUGCCUGCAAUGCGCCCAGGUCCUGUGGUUGCAGAAGAAGCCUAAAACAUUACUCUUCUAGCUGUUAUGCUGUGUUUGGCUUUCUCCAAACAUGGUGCUUGUUACGACCCGGCUCAAAGCCGCAAUAUAAAAAAAGAAGAUGAAUACCAGAGUGUUAGUGAGAAGAGGCUUUUUCUUAAAAUGGAAUACCAGGUUGGCUAAAAUGGCUAGUGCCACCAAGGCAAAGACAAGUGAGCUCCCCAGGAAGCUUUCCUCAGGUAUGCUUUUAUCCACACCUGACUAGUUGUGGCCAAUUAGCACCAGCUGAACAUACUGAGGAAAUUAGGGGCUGCAGAGGGACGUAACAGUGCUGCACAUCAUAGUCAAACAUCUUCACUUUGGUCUCAUCUAUCCAAAGAUAGUUCCACAGGUUUUAUGGUUUGUUCAGAUGAAACUUUGUAAACUUAAGCUGUGCUGUCAUGUUCAUUUUAGAGAGAAGAGGUUUUUUCCUGGCAACCUUUCCAAACAAGCCAUACCCGUUUUUUAAGUCUUUUUCUGAUUCUACUUGUACAAUUGUACAUUUAACACACCAACGUGAGAUGUAGCUCUUGUUUUUUGCAGUUUCUCUCCUUAAGCAUCGCACUGUCUGACCUUACCUGAAUCCUCCAGAAAAACAAACUGCCAAAACUCCUGCUUUUAUAAAGGUGAUCACACUUGCUAGCGAUGCCUGGCUGCUCUCACCCUUCUAAUUCCUAUGGAAGCAGUGAGGUGGUACUUAAUUUUUCACAGCACUGCAUAGAGUCCUGUGAACACACAGAAAACUGUAUCAGCAUAUCAGCAAGUUUCGGCACAAGAUGGAAAACACGCAGCCAGUUUACAUGAUAAUGGGCAUUCGUAAUUGGUCACACUGAUCAUUUGUUUACAUGAAUCAUGUAAACAAGAGUAGGUCCAGUGGAUCGUAUGCUAAAAAAGCCAACAAAGAAAGCAUUGGACAGCCUUUGGUUAGUAUUUAGAGGAUUGGAUCAGCUCUUUUUAUAGAUGACAUUUAGACGUUUCUGGGCCACUACACUCAGGAACUUUCAGAAGCUAAAGUGACUAUUCAAAUGCAACCCCAGCCUCUCCCUCUUUCUUUUCUGUGGUCCCUGACUUCAUUUCUCUCCUGUGAUUCUUGCCUGUUUUUUAUCUGUGUUCCCUUUAGUUUUUGCUCCUUUGGUUGUAUUUUGGAUUUAUUUUUAACUUGAUUUCAUCCUGCUGUGUUUUUGUGUCAGCUGUCUUCAUUAAAGCUCGCCAUUUACCUGCUUAUAUUUAUGCCCACUUUUGUCUAAACAAGAAACUAUCUCCUUCCUUUUGUAUUGCUUACAUGUUUAAGUCAACAUAUGCAAUGAAGUUGUGACAAAAGAGAAAGAUAUCAUAUGCUAAUCUCAGGUAGACAUUUACAACAUUACCUGCAGAAAGUGUGGAGACUGGGUUAAAAGACAGCAAUAAUCUCAGUGAUGUACAUUCAAAGACAGUCAUACAAUCUGAAAAACUCAUUUCAACCUUGAGUAUUCUCAAUGUUGUAUUGAACUUUAAAACAAACAUACUUACUUUCUGAUGCAUUCACAGCCAUGAUUCAUGUCUGCACCUUUUGUAGGUAUUAGCGUGACUCUGACAAUGAAAGGAGGCAAACUGUGUACAUAAAAUAUAAUAUGUGGUGGUCACGCAUCCUCACCAGCUGUUCAGCUUUGUAUUUAGAUUCAUGGUUUCCUAUUAAACAUCAUCUCCAUCAUAUACAAGCACGCUGAGAGCAUGUUAUUGCAGAACCACAACAUUGCACAGACAUUUUGUGCUAUGUUGUCAUGGCGAUCACAGGUGAAAACAAAGUAUUUUGUGGGCGAUUAUAUGUCUCAUGCUUUCAGCUUUGAAUUGUAUAACAUUGUGUUCCAGCGUUGCUGAGUUAAAUGGUUCAGGAGACUUCAGUGUUACUCUCGGGCACUUUGAGACUCUGCCUGCUGUGACAUUUCCGUGUCAGCACAGGCGGCCGCAAAACCUUUGUGUUCAACGUUAACAUAUAUAUCGUGCUCCCUCGUUUUUCAUGUUCCAGAAGGUGAAAAUAGUAACGUGUGUACAGUUGCAUGUGGGUUUUACUGUAUGCAAAAGAAAAACUGUGGCUUGUUGCUUGAUUCGAAUUCGGUUUGUUUGCUGCCUCACGGGCAGAAAUGUAUUCUGUCUGUAUUAAUAAUGUUUUGUUAUUUUGUCCGAAUGUUUCAGGAAUGCGGGGCACGGAUAUGCUGUUUAUUUGGCUGUCCUCUGUAAAAGUGUGGCCUCCAUGACAUAAAAUACUGUAUAUUAAACACGCACAAUUAAACUUG